AUGGUCUCGAAAGCUAUUGGCUGUCUGCAUCCUCCCAAGCUCAGUAGUUAUCAACCGUUCCCAUCAUGCGACUGGGUUUGUGCAGCCUUGAGUCUGCCUAGACUCGGACCAUGGGGAUGUAACAUGGAUUUCAUCCAAUGCCGUGUUUCUCCAACGUAUGGCUCGGAGACAAUCAGGCAAACUCGUGGCGAGAGUGGGCUUGUGCGCAACGAGCUUCUGCAGACAUUUCUUUCCGCCGCAUCUUACCAGGCGACCAGAUCCCUCGACUGCCACCCAGCACCUUUUUCUACCAGUCAACCAGUCCUUGGGGCACAGCAGCAAACAGCGAACAGGCCUAAGCGACUCGCCUUUCCUUCUUCUUUGUCAAGGUUCCUAAUUAAUCCACCGAGAAGCCGAAUUGAAGCGCUGAACCCAACGGUUCUCUCCUUGACGUGGACAAGCGGAACAUUGGGAUAA